GAGCUUUCGUCGACGAAGCACCACCCGAAGUUCCCGUUAAUGCUAAAACCGGUCCCCCACCUUUACCUCCAAAUAAACCCGAGAACGACAGCUCCUCUAUAGCUCCAAUCAUUCCAGGUACAUCUCAGGACAAGGAGAAGAAGAACUUGUUCAAUAGCUUAAAGAAUAAUUGGAGAUACCCAACCUACUCCAGAAACCGAGAUAAGUUUGAAGACAAGAACGUCCAACAGGCCAUUGAUGCAUGUCGCCCGGAAGCUCGCAACCUCUUACAUAACCGUCAGCACAUGGAUCAAAUUAAAGAGGCACUCAACGAGGGUUACUGUGACGUUUCCGGUAUGGAAGGUGACUUGGCCUUUAUUGAUGAUGCUCAACUCAGGUCGAAAGACCCGACCAGAGCCUUGAUUUCUUGGUUCUUUACUUUGGCACACGAGAUUGCCGUGAGUGAUCCCAUCGCAACUCAUAUCUCUUCGACGCAUCUGCUGAGCCUGGUUGACGAACUUCAAAACGCACAGUUUGGAAUCACUCAAAUCGACCAGGGUAUCUACGAGCCAUCCAGAAAGUCUGGCAGCGAAAGUCGAUAUUGGGGCACCGAACGCGAAAUCAGAUACCAAAACCGCAUGGAAGGAGUCGUCUUCAAUGGAUUCGAGAGUUACCCUAUUGUCUUGGCUCGCCACACCCUUCAUCGUGUUCACCAGAGUGAUAAUGUCGUCUCGGAAACAUUCCAGUUCACCAGAUCCAAUAGGUCGGAUGAGUCCGACGCCUCGAUCGAGACCGAUAAUAACAGGGUCUUGAACAGAUGUAUAGUAUCGCCCAGUGACACUGGCUACCAUCAUUGGGCUGCUUUGGGUGCAUCCCUAAAUCGCUGGAUGAUGCUGGGUGGUAAGGUGUCCAGCUCGGCAUUGGUGGUGUAUGAAGGCGAAGUGGUGCAAAAGCUCGCCCACGGUGAGACGAGAAGCAUACCGGCAAAGGGCUUGUUUGUACCGCGGAUAUAUGGUAAAGGUGGUAAG